AACAUGACACUGAUACAGUGGAUGAAGAGGAGGAUUCCAAAGAGGAAGUCAGGCUGGGCAAGCUCCAGUUCUCUUUAGACUACAAUUUCACUGAUGCUGCCUUGAUGGUGGGCAUUCUGCAGGCCACAGACCUCCCGGCCAUGGACAUGAGCGGAACAUCUGACCCCUACGUGAAGCUCUACCUGCUGCCCGACAAGAAGAAGAAAUUUGAGACCAAAGUCCACAGGAAGUCCCUCAACCCCACCUUCAACGAGAACUUCACCUUCAAGGUCCCCUAUGCGGAGCUGGGAGGGAAGACGCUGGUCAUGAUUGUGUAUGACUUUGACCGCUUCUCUAAGCAUGAUGCCAUCGGGGACGUCCGCAUCCCGAUGAACAAAGUGGACUUCAGUCACGUGACCGAGGAGUGGAGAGACCUGCAGAAACCCGAGAAGGAAGAGCAAGAAAAGCUGGGUGAUAUCUGUCUGUCCCUGCGAUACGUCCCCACUGCGGGCAAACUAACUGUGGUAGUUCUGGAGGCCAAGAACCUCAAGAAGAUGGAUGUGGGCGGGCUCUCAGAUCCCUACGUGAAGAUCCACCUGCUGCAAAAUGGGAAAAGGUUGAAGAAGAAGAAGACAACGGUGAAGAAGCACACGCUGAACCCGUACUACAACGAGUCCUUCAGCUUCGAGGUGCCCCUGGAGCAGAUGCAGAAAGUGCAGGUGGCUGUGACUGUGCUGGACUACGAUAAGAUCGGUAAGAACGACGCCAUCGGAAAGGUGUUCCUGGGCCUGAACAGCACUGGCACCGAGCAGCGCCACUGGGCAGACAUGUUGGCCAACCCCAGGAGGCCCAUCGCCCAGUGGCACGCCCUCAAACCAGAGGACGAGGUCAGCGCUGAGCUUGCCAAGAAAUGAGAGGGAGCGUGUGUGUGUGUGUGUGUGUGUGUGUGUGUGUGUGUGUGUGUGUAAAAAUGCUGUACAUACUGUACUACAUGUAAAACUAAUGUUAAUAGUGAAUUGUGUGAAUAAUAUGCAAUUCUCAUUUUAAUUUUCUCCUUAGAUCUACAAUAUAUAAAAAAUGACACCAUUAUAAAUUACAAGCUGACAUUGUUAUUAGUAUUAUUGCUGUACAGUUCCUUGAUUAGGGCCUUGUUGUAUCCUUGUUGGAUAUAUGCUAUUUUAAUCCUUGUUGGGCCUUAUACAGUAUGUGUGUGUGUUUGUGUAGAAUCUCAACUUCAUAAUCAACUAUACCAAUAAAUGUAGAAUUCAAGUGUG